AUGUUCAGGACCAAACGCUCGGUGCUCGUUCGGCGGCUCUGGCGGAGCCGUGCGCCCGGCGGCGGCGGCGAGGAGGAGGAGGAGGAGGCGGCGGCGGCUGCUGAAGCCGGCGCGGUGGCGGCGGCGGCCGAGGCCCGGGCGCAUGUCUGCGGCGGGGGGCGCGGGUGCUGCUGCCCGGGCAAGGCGGGCCGCGGCGGCCGGGCUUCCGCGGGCGCGGAGGCGGAACUGAAGGCGCUGACCCACGCCGUGCAGCGGCUGAAGGAGCGGCAGCUGAGGCUGCUGCACGCCGUGGAGUCCCGCGGCGGGGCGCGGACCCCCUGCCUGCUGCUGCCCGCCAAGGCCGACUCCCGGCUGGGCCAGCACUGGUACCCGCUGCCGGUGCUGCUCUGCAAGGUGUUCCGCUGGCCCGACCUGCGGCACUGCUCCGAAGUCAAGCGGUAUGUGGCUGUGAAUCCUACGGCAAGGGCUCACCCCGAGCUCGUCUGCUGCAACCCGCACCACCUCAGCCGGCUCUGCGAGCUCGAGUCUCCCCCUCCGCCCUACUCCAGAUAUCCGAUGGAUUUUCUCAAACCAACUGAUUGUCCAGACUCUGUGCCUUCCUCCACUGAAACAGGGGGAACUAAUUGUCUAGCCCCUGGGGGGCUUUCAGAUUCCCAAGUUCUUCAGGAGCCGGGGGAUCGGUCACACUGGUGCGUGGUGGCAUACUGGGAAGAGAAAACGCGCGUGGGUCGGCUGUACUCUGUCCAAGAGCCCUCCCUGGAUAUCUUCUAUGAUCUACCUCAGGGGAAUGGUUUCUGCCUCGGACAGCUGAACUCGGACAACAAAAGCCAACUGGUGCAGAAGGUCCGCAGCAAGAUCGGCUACGGCAUCCAGCUCACCAAGGAAGUGGACGGCGUGUGGGUGUACAACCGCAGCAGUUACCCCAUCUUCAUCAAGUCGGCCACACUGGACAACCCCGACUCCAGGACGUUGCUGGUUCACAAAGUGUUUCCAGGUUUUUCCAUCAAGGCUUUUGACUACGAGAAGGCGUACAGCUUGCAGAGACCCAACGACCAUGAGUUCAUGCAGCAACCAUGGACCGGAUUUACCGUUCAGAUCAGCUUUGUGAAAGGCUGGGGCCAGUGCUACACGAGACAGUUUAUCAGCAGUUGCCCGUGCUGGUUGGAGGUUAUUUUUAAUAACCGAUGACUCGAGACAGAGUGGACUCACGACAUUUAUACUACUUUGCUGCUAUUAUUUCCUUCUGAGUGCUUGCUUUUCAUGCAAAACUUCUCGUUUUUGUUUUGUUUUUGUUCGUUUUCCCCCCCAACCCGUUUUGAGAAAUAGCUUAUGGAAAGAUUAUUUUUUUUUUUUGGUGGGGUUUUUUUUUUUGUUGUUUUUAUUUUUAUUUUUUUUUUGCCUCGGGUCUUUUGAUAAAUAUCCCUUUUUAUUUUUUAAAAGUGUGAAUGACCAAUAACUCAGAAGGGCGAGAGAAGGGUUGCGGGGGAGGGGGGGUGGGGUGGGGAAUGGAUCGCAUGCGGUAAUUAUUUCGCGCCUCCGAAAGGAUUGUCCUGUGCGAUCGGUGGAUUCGGAAGCCACUUGCUCUACGUCACAGCUCCUUCUCUCGGAUAAAACGACGAGAUACCUGCGUUUUUUACGCACCGCCUUCCCCUCGCCACCGGCCGUUGCCGGUGCCGGUGCCGCCGAGACCCCUUCCCCAGCGGUGCUAACCCCACGUUGCCACCGAAGGGUAUGGUGCAAAACCUUCCCCACCGGGUCUUUAUUUGUUCAUUUUAUUUUUUAAAUUUUUUUUAAUUUUGCUUUUCUCAUCGCUGGGUUCACGUCUCUCUAACGUCGCUGUGUUCAUCCUUCCACCGCUUUUUUUUUUUGGGGGGGGGGCGGGUGUUUGUUUUGUUUUGUUUUUUUUUCCCCCCCCUCCAUGGUCAUGGAUUGAUGCAAGGGGAGAAAACCAAGAGGGGAGAAACCUCGCGCGUGGCCCCCGUCGGGCUUUUAUCGUCGGAGCUGAGGUGCGAAGCGACAGGAGCCUGACAACAAAAGCGAAACAAAAACCAAACCGACGAAACAAAGGAAAAAAGGAACGGGAAAAGAGAGGAGGAAAAAAAAAAAAAAGAAAAAAAAAAAAAAGUGUUCACGAUAGUUGGUCUGUCGUAACCUGCUUCCAUCAGGUUAUCCCGGUACCAUCCUAUCUGGAAAUGCAGUUGUGCUUUCAUUUCUUCUUGAAUUCAUACACGAGUAUGAUACUUUUACACUGUUCUUAGCUCAAUGAGCAUGUUUAGACCUUAACAUAAGCUAUUUUUCUAAAUAUAAAGGUUUAAAUGAACAAGAGAGCAUUCUCAUUGGAACUUUAGCAUUGUAGUGCUUUGGAAAUAAAACACACACACACACACACACACACACACACACACACAAAAAGGACUCCUUAAAAAAAAAAAAAAGAACCCUGAGAUUUAUUAAAGAAAAAAAAAAUGUAUUUUAUGUUAUAUAUAAAUAUAUUAUUACUUGUAAAUAUAAAGACGUUUUAUAAGCAUCAUUAUUUAUGUAUUGUGCAAUGUGUAUAAACGAGAAAAAAAAAAUAAGAAAGAUGCACUUUGCUUUAAUAUAAAUGCAAAUAACAAAUGCCAAAUUAAAAAAAAAAAAAAAAAAAAAAAAGAACACGAGAUUGGUGUUUUUUUCUAUGGGUGUUAUCAUCCAGAUGAAUGUUUUUUCUAAAAGGAGUUUUAUGUUCCAUUAAAAAAUAAAAACCUACACUUGAUCCCAGGCUGUGCCGAGUGGCUUUUUUUAGUGGUGGGGGAUGAGGCAGGGAGGAGAGACGCUGCUCCAGGCGGGUAUGGCACGGGGUCGGCGGUGGGGACCCCGUGUGGGACCCAGAUGGGGGUCACUCCUGAGUUUUGGGGCUCCGUUGGGUGCGCGCGACUCUGGGCUCCCCGACUUGGAUGCACCCAAGGAGCCCAAGUCCGGAGGGGCUGGAUGGAUCUGGGCGGGUUGCACAGGGGUUCCCGGCUCGCUGCC